AUGAGGUCUCCUGACGUUGAGCGUCCGCUCUCUCUAUCUCUACCGCCCCUUAAGAAAUCGGCCACUCUCACCGAGGCUGAGACACGGCAAGCCCUCCGACAGCUACACGAGUUUUCUUACUAUCCCGUCCCUGAAGUGCUCGAGUUGGAUGCAUCCCACAAUGCCCAGGACGCAUCCGCUCCAGACUCUGGCUAUGCCUCCGAAACCGACGCUGACGAGGCAUCCAAGGGCGAAAAGGCGGUUCCCCUGUACCUGGAUCCCAUAGAACGCGACUUUGCCGUGCGCUGGCUCACUGGCUUUAUUGGACAAGCCUGGGAUUUCCCACUCAGCGACGACACGCGCGACGAAUUUGUGGAUGCUGCAUGCUCGCUGCUCUCCCACUUGACGAACACCGAGGAUGAAUGCAAGCAGCGAGAUGAGGACCCCGGCAUGACGCGACGAUUCAGAUUCUCCAGCGGUGACGGCGCCAAGAGCUUCGUGGUCGAUCUCAACGAUACUCCCAUGCAGUUGGGCGACGACCACGAGGAUGUCGGGCUGCAGACGUGGGGAGCAUCCAUCGCAUUCUCGCAAAUGUUUUGCACUGCGCCGGCGGAGUUUUUACCAACCACAAAGAAGGCUCUUGAUUCCACGACGAGAGUCAUUGAGCUUGGCGCGGGCACAGGACUCGUCAGCCUGGUGCUCGCAAGCGUGCUGCCAUCGAUGGCCGAUUCACCGGCGUCGAUAAUCGCCACAGACUACCACCCCGCCGUGUUGAAGAACCUGGAAAGGAAUGCAACCUUCCACCACAAACCAGGAUCUACCGCUUUGGUGCAAGUGGCCCAUCUUGAUUGGUGUGCGCCGACGCGGGAACCUCCUCUGGACGUGCCGGCAGACAUGAUUGUCGCAGCAGACGUUGUCUACGCUGCAGAGCAUGCUCGAUGGCUCCGCCAUUGCGCUGCGCAUCUGCUCGCUCCUGAGGGCGUCUUCUGGCUCAUGGUUUCCAUCAGGCCCAAUGGCAAAUUCGCCGGCGUCUGCGAUUCCAUAGAGUCCAUUUUCGCUGAGAAAGACACAGCUGUCACCAAUGCCUACGGCCACUUGAAGAUCCUGGACCACCAGUGGAUAGACAAGAAGCAUAAUAUUGGGCGAGCGGACGAAAUAGGGUAUAAGCUCUUCAGAAUCGGAUGGGCCUGA